UCUACAUGGACGUCAUGUACACGACGGUGGUACAAGCACAACACGUAUAGUCUCUAAUGCUAAACAGCAGUGUCGACGCUAUCGUUUCCUAUACAUAAAAAUCGUUUUCUAUAUUUUUUUUCUCAUAUUGAUCCGUGUAAAAAGGCUCGUUGACGUAUAUUAAUACUUAAUAUAGGCAUGUUUAGCUGUAUGUUUGCACCGUAUAAGCCGACCUUGUGGGUGCAAAUCCUUCAGCUGCUCACGGCUUUUUCCUUGUCAUUUGGCGUUCAUUGGUAAUUCAGUUGCGGUUCCACCACUGGUUAUGAUCUGAACGGGUCACUCAAGAUGGCUUCCGAUCACGUCUUUAAAGUCCUGUUCUUCGUUCAGUCUGCGGCCUUCACACUAUUCAUCAUCAAUUACUCUCACAUAUCCACCGUUGUGCUUAAACCUGUCGGGAAGUUGAGCGCUGAAAAACAAUGUGAUUGCGAACCAACCGGCACAAGAGAAGUAUUUAACAAAUCGGCUUUUGUUCGCCAGAAUGGGGAACUGCUAAUGCCGAUCCGUGGACAACUAUCCAAUUGCACAUUGGCUGACAUCAAGAAGAGACCCGGCGUGGUUAUGCUGACUACGGCAAAUCUCGCCUUCGUGGAUAUCGCGCUGAACAUGCUGGAGAGUGUCAAGCGGAUUGGAGCUUGCGUCAACACCACAGUCAUCGCAGAGGAUCAGAAGGCUUACGAUCUGUUGCUCAAGUAUGCCAAGGGUGACCCUGCAAUUUAUGUUCAGAAAACCAACUCGGGGGAAAUGGAUGAAAUAGAGCCCUCUCGUCGUCUUGGCAGUCACUACUACGGGAUUAUGAACAAACGCCAGGCCUACAUUUUGACUUUAUUAGAGCAAGGCCUGGAGGUUCUGUUUUCCGAUUCGGACACGUUUUGGUUUCGGGACCCCUUUCCAUACUUUCAGGGAGACUUUGACAUAAGUCUCAGAAGCUUCUCUAAAACCAGGAUAAUUAGCAAAACGCAUUUCUGCUCUGGCUUCAUUUACCUGAAACCGACCAAUGCGACCAUCCAGUUCGUAAGGACGUGGGUCGAACUUUUGGAUAACAACAAGAAAAAAGGAAAAUUCCCGACUGAUCAAAAUGUAAUGAACGGACUGUUAACGGCUGAUAAACCCGUACAUGUGAAUAUCACGAUACUAGACGAGGACCUGUUUCCAUGGGGAUCAACAUUUUUCGACCCAUCGUGGCAAAAGCAGAACCACUCCACAGUAGUCAUGCAUGCCGCUAAUAUACGAGGUCACCCAGCGAAACUGAGCAAAUUCAAGGAAUUUGGCAUGUGGCUUGUCAAUAUCACCACUUCAUCAAAGCGAUAAGUGAAAUCCAAAGUGAAUCUGACUGGAUUAAACUGUCGAUCUAUUUCGGAACAGGAACGGUUUUGUUAAGCAACUUUAAGUUAAGUAAUAUUGUGAGGACAGAAU